CAGCGACCAUCCAGCGACCAUCCAGCGACCAGCCCAGCGAUCAGCCCAGCGAUCUCCCUGGGCCACUCACCCAACGAUCGCCGCAGCAACGCCCGCGCCAUGUCCGCAUCCACAUCCUCAUCCACGAACAAGGGGUUUUACUCGUCCAGCGCCGGAGACACCGAUUUCCGUCGGAAAUGGGACAAGGAUGAGUUUGCCGAAAAGGCUCGGCUUCGAGAACAGGGCGCCCUGGAACGGGACCAAGAGCUGGAGCGCAAGCGCAAGGGCCUGUCGGCAAAGGCGUCGGCCAAGACAGAGCCCGAGGAGGAAAAGGCGCUGCUGAAGGCCCGAGAGGAGCGCAUCGACUUCACCGUCAACCUCAACAAGACUCAGGUGGUGCAGGUGGCCGUCGGCUCGUCCAAGCAGCCGGGAUUCUACUGCGAGGUCUGCGACUGCACCGUCAAGGACAACGUCAGCUAUCUGGACCACAUCAAUGGAAAGAAGCAUCAGCAAAAUCUCGGUAUAUCCAUGAAGGUCGAGCGGUCGACCUUUGAGCAGGUCAAGGCUCGUCUUGAGGCUCUCAAACGCAAGACAGAGGUUGCAUUCGAGGAUCUGGAUACCCGCAUUGAGAAGGCCAAGAAGAUGGACGACGAAGAGAGGCGGUUGAAGAAGGAGCGGAAGCGCGAAAAGAAGCAGGCGGUGCUGAAACAGCAACAGGAUCUGCAAGACAACGACGUUGCGGAGAUGAUGGGCUUUGGUGGCUUUGGAUCGUCAAAAAAGUGAGAUGGGUACCCAAGUUCCAUCUGUUCUCGAACUGUCGCUCCGGAGUUAUCACUUGGAAGUUAUCACUUGGAAGUUGUCUCUGGAGUCGUUUGUCCUUGGCCUUUUGUUUCCCAUGCUCAGGCACUGCUUUGGUCUGGGCCAUCGCUCUGCAUCGGCGACCUGCCAGGCGUUCCUCCGAUGAACUCACCGCUCGGUACCAGGCACAUCGGGCAUAGAUGCGUCCAUGCGCAUGUCUGCGGUCUGACCAGCGCCAAGCCCGGCUCCACAGCCAAGAUCGAGAUCGCCCGUGGUCGCCAAGCAGUCGCCGUUCUUGGCCGGCUUGCGCAGAUGAGUCUUGGCCACGACCCGCAAUACAGAGCCCAACGAUUGUCCGCGGCGAUUGACACUGA